CUCCACCUCCUCACCUCUUCCUCCCUCCUCUUGCAUGUUGCUCAGUGCUCUCAUACAGGAUGAGGCUUCCGGCCAUGUGGGAAUUUUCUCCUAAUAGUGGCUCACGGUUGAAUCUGCGUGUUGGCGAGGACGUCGCAUCCGUGCAGGUUUAUCAGAAGCUUGGUAGGAGACAAGAACGUCAGUCAAUCUGUGCCAGCCUUGAGGAUUGAAGAAGCUUUUCUUGUCGGUGGAGCAGCUCAAACUUUGCACAAAGAGUGAGAAACUGCGACUUUUAUCGAUUCCUCGAAAGAUGUCGAGCCGACGGGAUGAUCUUCAGUGAAAACGAAAAAAAAAAACCUUGAUCCUCUGAUCCUCCUUGAUCAUCACUGCUGAGGAUGAGUAACCGUUUCCAGUAAUUCACUCUUCUGUGAAAAAAAAAGGUCUGAACACGACCAACAAGGCAACCAAAGCUGCUCUGUCACAUGGACAUUGACGCUGAACAGCUGUUGCAUUCACCACCUCAGAAAGAGACCGGACCGUUUAGGAGCUAUACAGUAAAAAAAAAAAAAAACUUGUUUGCAUCAAAGCUCCUCGUACUUAGCAACUGAUGAGGAUGAGAGACGGUGUGAUGACCUACCUGUAUUUGACAAGUGUGUUUUUCACCUCGUUGGAGAGAGGAGCGCAGAGGGAAAAAAGUCAGCGAGAGGGAGCAGGGGAGGGGAAGAGCGAGGCAGCGAGGGAAGGUGUGAAGCAAACGCUGUGAGAGGGAAACAGAGAGAGACGUAGAGAGACACAGAGAGAAGAAACUGACAGAACUCGCUGAAGACGGAGUAAAGGAAAACAAACAGGAAAAAAAAAAAAAAUCAGAGACACAAAGAGCUGCCGAUUUAACGCUGGAGGAUUGUGUUUUGUCAGAGCCAUACAGGGGAAAACUCUGAAAUGGAGCCAUAAAAAGAGCACCUUUCUCUGACCUGUCAGCGGUAACACAGAUAACACGGCACCAUGGGUGUUGAUCCUCCAAACAGCACUUUCGCCAACACAUCACACGUCCAGGCUGCUCCUCACAGCCUUUGGGAGGCUAUAACCAUCGCAACAGUGUCAGCUAUUGUCAGCUUGAUAACUGUUGUUGGUAAUGUGCUGGUGUUGCUGUCCUUCAAAGUCAACAGCCAGCUGAAGACUGUAAACAACUACUAUCUACUGAGUUUGGCAUUCGCUGAUCUCAUCAUAGGAGUGUUGUCCAUGAACUUGUACACCACGUACAUCCUGAUGGGCUACUGGUCCUUGGGAAACCUUGCAUGUGAUCUCUGGCUAGCAGUGGAUUAUGUGGCCAGCAAUGCUUCAGUUAUGAACUUACUUGUCAUCAGCUUUGACAGAUACUUCUCCAUCACAAGGCCGCUGACGUACAGGGCAAAAAGGACUCCAAAGAGAGCUGCCAUCAUGAUAGGCUUUGCAUGGCUGGUGUCUUUCGUCCUCUGGGCGCCACCUAUUUUGUGCUGGCAGUACUUUGUAGGGGAGCGAAAAGUGCCUCCCGACCAGUGCCAGAUCCAGUUUUUAACACAGCCUGUGAUCACAUUUGGGACAGCCAUCGCUGCUUUCUAUAUUCCUGUCUCUGUUAUGACAAUCCUUUACUGUAGGAUCUACAAGGAGACGCAGAAACGGACCAAAGAUCUGGCAGAGCUGCAAGGACUCGCAACAGAAAAUGUUCUAGAGGGGACUAAACCGCAGAAAACUAUCAUUCAUUCUUGCUUUCACUUCACCAGAGAGAGGAGAGACCGGAGUCAGGCCUCCUGGUCCUCAUCGAACCAAAGUAAUGCCACUAAAACUACCACGAGAUCAGAUGACGCAUGGGUGAAAGCAGAUCAGAUCACUUCCUUCAACAGCUACACUUCAUCUGAAGAGGAAGAGCAUCAUGUUUCAAUAGAUACCCCAGAAGGAUCGUUCAAAGAGCAAGGUAGUGGACAAAGUAAUAAGAACGGGCAGGUGACUGAUUACGUAGAAGAUCAGUAUUUUUCCACUCCUCCUCAGAAGAACAGUAAAAAGCACAUCUCUUAUAAGUUCAAACCUGGCUCAAAGGGCAAAAACGGCAAUCCUAAAAUUGCAACACCCUGCCUGCCUGAAGCAGAGCAGCCGACCAAAAACGCCUCACCUUCCUCCUCCACCACCUCCAAACCCAUGGACCCUGUCCUGAAGAACCAGAUCACCAAGAGGAAGAGGAACGUGCUGGUGAAGGAGAAGAAGGCAGCCCAGACUCUCAGCGCCAUCCUCCUGGCCUUUAUCCUCACAUGGACGCCGUAUAACAUCAUGGUGCUCAUCUCCACUUUCUGUGCCGAGUGCAUCCCCACGUCCCUGUGGCACCUGGGCUACUGGCUGUGCUACGUCAACAGCACCAUCAACCCCAUGUGCUACGCCCUGUGCAACAAGACCUUUCAGAAGACCUUCCGCAUGCUCCUGCUCUGCCAGUGGAGGAGGAGGCGGAGAGGCGAGGACAAGCUGUACUGGUGUGGGCAAAACCAAAAUGUCAACAAUAAAAUGACUUGAUGUGGCUCUGCAGCAUUAGAGCAGACUUGCUGCUUUUGCUCACACGUGGAUCUUCUUGAUAUAUAAACAGUAGUCAGUGGUCAUCUUCAGCAUGAAGUGCUGCAUGUGAUUUUUGUGUUACAGUACAAAAAGUUGGUGGAAAAUGAGCUGAGCCUGAUGCAGCACAUGAACUGCCAUUCUAGAUUAUUGCAGAGAAGGAACCUCAUGACCACACACUUGUAUAAAAGUUAAAAGUUAAAGGAUGGGUUCAGGUUAUUUCAAUUUAAAAGUCUUAAAGGGGGACUCCACUGAUUUUACAAGUCUGUUUACAGGAUUAUUACUGCAUAUGAACAAAGUUGUAUGAAACCUUUUGUGGCUCCAGAGAGAGCUGAUGAAGUGACUCAAGCGAUGUCACUUGAGUCAGUGUUGGUUGGGUCUAAAGACCGAGAAAUCUGGAGGUGUGGAGUUAGAAAUAAGUGAGUUUACAAGACCCUCUGUAGCACGCUCCUCAUUUCUGCUUAACGCACCCAAAUCUCCUCCAACAAUGUUACAGGUAUGCAAUGCUAAGUCAGUGGAGCACUCUUUUAAUACAAUACUCACAUGUUAAUAUCCUCCUCUCCAUAGUGGUGGUAAAGUGAGAUGGGGAAUACAAUCUAGGGUGCAGAAAUACUUCUUAUGAUCCCAUGCCAUUAAGAAAUGUGUUGUUGACUUAUACUUCACUUAGCUGUUGGCGUUCACCGUGCAGAAUGAUGUAUGUGCAGACUCCACAGGGCUGUUUACUUAACAGGAUUUUACAACUAGUUUAGGAGCCAAUCGUGGUCCAACAUGCAGCUUUCACAAGUGUGAUGUGAAAACUCGAAGCUUCCACCACACGUACACAGAAAAUGACGUGGGUGACGUCUUCUGAAAAACAUCUUUGGAUUCUGAUUAAAUAAUGGAAAAGGAGUAUAUGUAAUUUAAUGUGGAAAAAAAACAUAUCUGACAGUACAAUAAGUGUCAAAUUAUGACACGUAAAGCAGAAGAAUAACAUAUAUACACAUUCAAUACACAGUACAAGUACAGUGGAUGGGGAUGUCCACAUCCCUUUAUCAAAUCAUGUUCUAUUUUCCCCAUUACUGCAGUUCUUUAUCGUUGCUAUUAAUGUACGUGUUUAUAUUUAAUUCAGUCCAGUUUGAUUUUGUUGAAGGCUUCAAGCUGCUUCAUUGCCAAUAACUUUACACAGAAUGCAGCGCUUUUGAAAAAGUCCUCACUGCCCUUGGAAGUUGAAUCUAAAUGGAUUUCUUUGUGUUUUCUUUGACACUCCACAUCAAUAGAAAUAUAUCCUUGAAUGUCAAAGUGAGAACAGAUCUCUACAAAGUGAUCUUAAUGAAUCACAAGGGGAGUGAAUGCUGUUUAUAUAACUGUGUUCUUUGAGCCAAUUAUCAGUACUAUAACAUUCCCUUUACUGUGUUUCUAGUUUAUAUAACACUCUUCAUGAAGCUUUACAUUCUGAAGUUGUUAUAAUGAGGCUGGACUGUAUAGGGAAUCUAUAUAUUUAACACUGAUGACAGAUAAUCAAUUACAUCCUUCAAGAAUAUCUUAAGAUGUGCAUGAACGCUCAUCCCAGUCAUACCAUCAUGUUGAAUUAUCUCAUACAUUUCAUCCCUCUGUAACCACUUAUUCUCAUUGUGGCUGCUUAUCCCAGUUGGACACAGUUGGAGAAGUGGGGUACACACUCACAUACGCACCUACGGGCAAUUUAGAGUCACCUGUUAAGUGCAUGUCUUUGGACUGUGGGAGGACGCCAGAGUACCUGGAGAGAACCCACGCAGACAGUGCUAACCUGUGUUCAUUUGAACUCUGCUGAAGCCUCAAAUUGAUUUUUUAAAGUACAGUAAUGAGGAGUGUGGAUUUUGUUCCUGAUCUCUUACAGUGGAGUUACAGUGUGAAGGAAUCACUUUAUAAAAAGGGACUAGUAACAACAUACCUUAAUGUACACACAGUGAGUAAAAUCUCUGAACCUGUCCUUUAAAGCUCAUAUAAUCCUUCUUUAUUCUACUGCUCACUUGCACUGUAUAUAAAGGGAAUAUUGUAGGCUUACACAUUACUCAUUUCAAGUAAUUUAUAGUAUAAAGAACAUAUUUCACUGAUUUUACACCUCACCAAUUGUAAAUGUAAAUUGCUUAGUGUACAUCAGUGUUUAAGUGAAUGUUAUCUUUUGUUUUCUGUCAUGGCUCUUGCAAUCGAUGUUUGAUCUUGUGUUUCAAGGGCUAAUCUGUAAAUUAUCAUGCAUUUACAGCCGCAUUAGCUUCACAGUUGUAACAAGAUAUAUGAGAUUGUCUAUGGAUUAUACACUCCUGUCAAUAUUCAUAUUACACAUGAUAUUUGAAGCAACUUCUCUCUGACGAGUGAUGCUGUUGUAAAUUAUUGCACUUUUACGUAUUUUAAUGAUGUAAAUGUCAAAUGUUAUCUCUCUCCCAAAACUCUGUGCCUUUUGUUCCGCUCAAAGGCAAAAGUGCUUCGUGAGUGAAUCUGUGCUCUUUGUGCGUCUGUGCAGUUCUGUGAAAGCGAGUCUGUGUUUACUGAUAAGAACAGCCAAAUACAAACUCAAAGAGCAGAAUUAUGCUCAUUUAAAGCAUGAACAUUUUCAGCAUCAGACGUGUUGAAUCUGAUCUGAUGUGGUUUGUACUUGUAAAUUCUUUUUUUUAGAAAUGACAAAUCCUUACCCGCUCCAACAGUUGAGUCAUAAAACUAACGUGCCAUGGAUGAUGUGUACAAAAAGGGCGACUGUUGUUAAGGAGCAGAACAGACUUUCCAACAGUACACAUUAUUAAAGGGGCAGUGUGUAGGAUUUAGUCGUAUCUAGUUGCUGAUUGCAACCCCCUCGCUUCACCUCCUCCUCCCUAGCAUGUGGAAGUAAAUACGUUGGCUACAUGCAAAAAACACAAAAGGCCCUAAGUAGAACCACAGUUGAGUUUAUGCCUAUAUCUUACACACUGGACCUUUAAUUGUUAGUGAUAAUCUAUAUUUUUCUUUGAAACCAACAAAACAUGAAAAGACCAAAACCAACAGUGAACUGAUCUUACUAACAACAAUCGCCUGUGUAGCCAAAGUUUGAUAUAGUGUACUCCUCUGUGUCAUAAGCCUCCAUUGUUGUCCAAAAACUCAAAAAUAAACAACACUGUUGCACUAGCUGACAUGUUCCUUUAUUCACAAUAAACAUGGGUGCAGUAGUUUUUGUGUCAAUCCCACAUACACUCUCCUGCUGCUGGGAGUAUUCACCAGCGCACGGCUGAAAACAGUCCUCAAUGGUUUUCUCAUGUUUGAGUAGGAUUUGCAUAAAGCUAGUUUCCUGGUGUCUAGUAAAUUACUGAGCUUAAAAAGGACCAUAAGAAACCUGAAGAUAUUACUAGCCUCAUUCCUUAACUUCCUAUAGGUUAGGGCCUCAGUUUGCCUGACACAGGUCUCUUAAAUUCAGUCCAAUGAGGUAUAGUGUAUAGUUAUGCUGUGUUCAACUUGACAGGCAUGAUACCUGUUUAAACACAGCAAAAAGUAAUUGUUGGAUUCUUUUUUAGAGGCCUAAAGAAGUGAAACAGUGUUUUUUAAAGAUAAUUUUUGAACACUAUCUGAUAGUUACAAGAAGGUAAGGAGAGAGAGGGGGGGGGGGAUUACAUGCAGCAAAGGGCCACAGGUUGGAACCGAACACUGGACCACCGCAGCAAGGACCCAGCCUUUGUACACUGGGAGUUCACGCUCUACCAGGUGAGCUAACUGGGGGCCCAACAUGUGAUUUCUUAACCCUUAAAACCUCUUUUAAAUGGGGCGGUUGGUAGCGUAGUAGG